CAAUCUUAUCGUUGAUAAGUUAUCAGUCGGCCAACAAAAUAUAACCGAACAAAAAAGAGCAACAAACAUUGUGACGCUUUAAUAAAAAAAAAAUUUCGAAUCAACAUCACACUUUGAAAGCAUACGAAUACAUAAAAAAUAUCGUACGAUGCGUGACAGUCAAUCAACACAUGCAUUUGGUUGUACUGAGAUCAUGAAGAAAAUCAUAUUGCUAUCAACAGUGAAAAGUGAAAAAUUCAUUCAAACUCAAAUUGAAUAGACCAUCGCGACCAAGUAGGACUGUGAUUGCAAUCUUUUGCAAAAUCUUUCUAUCAGUUUCAGACGAUCGAGAUAAAUAGAGAAUUGCUAUAUGUAUGAGAUAGUCAAAUAUGCGGCAUCGAACAUUGUGUGGCGUUUAGCACUUUGCUUCGAUAUAGAAAAAAAAAUCGAUAGAAAAUAUGGAAGAGAAGAAUGAGGAGUGUAAAUAAUAUUUGACAAUUUUUCAAGCAAUGUUGUAUAAUUCACAGUGAUAAAGUCAAAACAUAGCAAAAUGAAACUGAAAAAAGUAGAAAACGACAUCAAAUGAGUGAUCAAAGGUGAAAGAGAGAUGCAAAACGGUCAAAACAAGAGCAUUCAAUACGUGACGAUAGCACCACCACCACCACCAAAGACAACAAACUUCAAGUACUGCAAAUGAUUUGGAUUCUUCAGUAUUUCGGUGUGAGUGUUUGUUUAAAAUUGACUGCAUCAAUCAAUGUGCACAGUGUUUUCAGGCAUUUGACACGCGUAUUGCUCAACCGUAAUCCAGCAAAGAGAAAGAAAUGACUGAAUGAAAUUUGUGGAAUUGAAGGACCGGCAUCGAUGUAUUACUCAGUUAUUGUUUUUAGUAAACAACAUCGAUUCAAGUAACUGUCAAACUUAUUCCAUACACGCGACAUUCAACGGAAAAAAAGAAACGAUAAUAUCACAUUUAACAGUGAGAGUGUGGUUUUCAUUCAAAAUUCGAAAUUCGAAAUGUGUAUUUAAAUUGACGAAGCAAUUAUUUGUACAAAUGGAAAAAUUGUAACAGAGAAAAAAAGAUUGAAACUAUCAAAGAGCUAGACACACAAACUCAAGCUCAAACAUCAUAUUUUCAGAGUUUGUCUAAGGUCUUGCUCCGGAAUGGUAGAGUGAAAAAGAAUAAAUUUUUAGGUGUGUGUUAUUAGUGCAUAAAUCAAGUAUAAAUGUAUAUAAACAAAAUGUUUCAAAUUUCAUCAUACACAAAAACGAGUAGUAAUGAUGUUUUGCCGCAAAAUCAAUACGACAGUUUUUUUACGAAACGAAAAAAUCCAUACGAUAUUUUAACGAAAUUAUCGCGAUGGACAAUUUUUUGCUAUCAUCUAAAAUCGAUUUUGAUUGGACUAUGGAUUUUAUUAAAAUGGUUUGCACAGUUCUUAUGGCAUUCGAUACAACAAUCAACAAAAUAUCAACAACAAAUCACACUGACGCCCAUUGAUUAUCCGGACUAUUUUCAUGACAAGCCGCCACCGUGUCUUGUUGACAAUCGCAUCGGACUUCAGUCAUACGUUAAACUCAAAGGCACUAAAUUACAUUACAUUGAAGCCGGCAAUCAAUCGGAUCCAUUGAUUUUACUAUUGCAUGGCUUUCCAGAUUGUUGGCUUGGAUGGCACAAUCAGAUAAAAGAGCUGUCCCGUUUCUAUCGUGUGGUCGCUCUCGAUUUAAAGGGUUUCAAUGAUUCCGAUAAACCGCAAUGGCGUAAAGAAUAUAAAAUCCAUAAAAUAUGUGAUGAACUGUUGCAAUUUAUCAAAUCGCUUGGGUCAAAUUCCGUUUCGAUAAUUGGACACGACAUUGGUGCUGUUAUCGGAUGGUUUUUUGCGCACACACAUGCCGAGAAUGUGGACCGAUUUGUGUCGGUGUCGGCAUCCCAUCCAAAUCUCAUGUGGGACAAUCUACAAUCAAAAUCACUGAUCAACGAUCACUGGUUAAAAUUCGUACAAUUACCAUAUUUACCUGAAAUGGAAAUGACACGCACCGAUUCAAAAUUCAUCGAACGAACAUUAUCACAUUUAAAUAAAGAAGUAUACAAUAAUAGUGAUUUACUCUUACAUCAAAUACCAAAUAAACUCGAUGCAUAUAAAUAUGUAUUUAGCCGAAAAAGCGAUUGGUCCGGACCGCUCAACUAUUAUAGAAAUCUACCGUUUUACAAAGUGAAUGCGGGUGAAACGGUACGAUGCCCUUGCUUAAUCGUGAUCGGCAGUGAGGAUAAUUUUUGUCGAUUAGAUUCGGUGGUCCGAAGCACGGAAUACUGUGAUAAUUAUAUUGUCAAAAUUAUUGAAAAUGCCGGCCAUUGGCCACACCAAGAGAAACCGUCGGAAUUUAAUCGCGUUGUUUUGAAAUUUCUAGUCGGCCAUCGUGCGAAUCAAAAAAUUGAACCAAUUGAUAAGACAAAUAAUCGCGGUAUAAUGGGUCGUAUGCUUGGCGCCGUGUCAAAUGGUGUGAAGAUCGGUACUUAUGUGCUGGACUCUGUUCAUUCUGGACUCAGUCAGCGGACGAAUGAUGUAAUCCAAAGUGCUUUGCACUGAAAAUCAAUGGCCAGCAUGUAAAUGAAUUAAGUUCUCAUUUAUCACGACAGAAAAAAAAUGAACAAAAAAAGAGAAAGACAUUUGUUAUUGUUUUGUUUUGCUUCUUUCUCUCUCUCACUAGUAAUUAUUAAAAAAUUGUGUAGUUUCACAAAAGCAAAAAAAAGACAUAAAAAUACGUAGAGAAUUAGUCUCAUCAUCACAGCCAAUGUAAUAAUGUUAUAUUAUUUUUUUGAUUGUAUAAGUAGUUAGUAUAUAUAUAUUUAGACGAUAUUGAAUUAUAACAAAACGCAUAUUCCGUAUUGAUCUUCCAAAUUUAUUAUUUAUAGUCAUUUGUUUUUCUUUGAUAACAACUUAUUUUUUUUUUGCUUAAUAUGUGCAGCUAUUUUAAUUUACAUAAGAAAAAUACCAUGGUGAAAAACUAUUUAUAAAUAUAUGUACAAGAUUGCUAUUACCGUUUUUUUCGUAACAUUACAUUUCUUUACAUCGGCGGAAAAAUUUACUAAACGCCAGAACACUUAAAUUGGUUUAAAACAAAUAAUAACAACAACA